GUUGAUGUCCGUUUGUUGUUUGGUCGUUCCCCCGAUGAUGACAAAGCGAAUAACUUUUUUUCGUUGGGUUUCUGCGCGAAUCCGUGGAAAAGAAACAGAAAAAUCCAAGACCGCAAAAAACACAAAACUGAAGAAACAUAAUAACGUGUAGUCGGUGUUUUGUGUGACGUAUUAUGUAGAUUCAGCUCCGUGUUUUUUGCCCUACAUCCCGCCGGCCUCCAAGAGAGAGAAAGGUAAAAAUAAAUAAAUAAAUAAAUAAAUAAAUAAAGGAAAUAUAUAUAAAAGAAUAAGAAAAAGAGAAAGAAUCCUCUCCCAAAUACGAAACUGUUUGGAAGAGAGAUAUAGGCGGGCCCAGUGCUGGUUGUAUCACUGUAGAUACAAAGUCGCAUGGGUGAGCGCUCGCCGCUAUAUCCCAACCCCAGGUAUGCGUGUGCAUAAGGUUGGAACUUCCCAACUCCCGAGUGUGUGUCCCGAUCGAAUCUUUUUUCUUUUUUCUCCCGGUGUGUGUACACAUUUUUUUUUUCUUUUUCUGCUUGUGGCGAUAGAGGAGGAGCCACCCAUUUUGCCAGCCGGGUGGUAGAAAGAGAGAGAAAGAAAAAAGGGGUGGCGAUGGAAAAAAGGAGAAACCGGCUGGCCUCCUCCCAGCCGCCGUGUACACAUACAGGUAGUUGGAAAAGAACGAGCCAGUUGAGAGCCAGCGGCUCAACAGUCAACAUUAAGUCUCUUUCUCUCUCUCGCUCUUUUUUUUAUUCUCCUCUUCUUCGUUCAACAGUUAGACGCACAUCAGCUGUGUGUCUUGUUUUUUCUUUUUCUUUGAAGGGAGGAGGAUUUGAAAUUUUCGUUUUGGAGGACACGAAGAACUUGAAACGUGUCCUUUGCCAUCGGUGACUUUGUUUUUUUGUCCAGUUCUUCUUUGGCCAUAACGAGAAGAAAUUUGGAAUCAAACGUGAAAGUGUCCCUGAUUGGAAUUUGAAAAAAUGUGCUCGGCCGAUUGUGAAUCGUAGAAGGAAAUUUUCCUUUUUUUCUUCGGUUGGUUUUUCUUUAAAUUUUUAUUUCGUGUGAGUUUGGCAACUGUUCGUGCGUUUGGGGUUCAGUCACCGGGGGCCCCGUCGACAAAUAAUUAGAAGAUAAAGAAGAAUAAGUUGAAGAAGAUGGCGUUUCGUGUGCGUGAAGGCAAAGUUGUUCCGCCUUCGCUUCGAUCUGAUCACCUUGCCAACCGCUAUGUCCUGACCGGUCCGAUGAGUCACGGACCUGGCGGCGGAUGGCGGAUGCCUCCCGUCCAUCGGGCUGCCGGACCGCAAUCGCAUCACUCUUCAUUCGCUCAUCCGUUCGACGGCCAUCGUGAGCCACCCGAGGAUAAGUCGUCGUCUAAUGGCAAAUACCUGUUUCGCUCAUCGCAGCCUCACCUCCAUCUACAACCUCAAGCCCAUCUGUGGGCCAACCAACAACAACAACAACCGGGCUCUUUACGCGGUCACCCGAUGCAACAACAGCAACAACAGCAGCCGGGCUCAUUGCGCGGUCAACCGCCCAUGUUGCCCCUACCGCCGCCACCAGCUCAAACGCAAAUGAACGGAGGAGGAUUGAAGAAACAACCAGGAGGCAUGAGCAGUUCGCAACCGCUGAGACGGGCCGUUUCCUUCUUGGAUCGACCGGAUCUCGUCCAGCUGCAACAACCCAAGGGAAGUAGCAAACAGCCGAAAUCGUUGAAAUUCCAAGAGGAAGACGAAGUGACGUACGACCCUUGGUCGGUGGAGAACGGAGUGACGGCCAAGAAAGACGGCGGUGCUUCCGUCAAGAAGAUGGGCCGUUCCAAGAGUUUUAUGGAUCCGUCGCAGAGUUCGACGUCGGCUGCGGUUACGAGCGGCGGCGGCGGCGGAGGCGAAGGCAAAGUUCGCAAAAUGCUGAGGAAAAGCGCGUCGAUUUUGUAUCCGUCGUGGCUGGCGGCGGCCAGACGCAACAGCCAAUCGCAUCAGCCACCAGAAGGCGAACAACAGCAGCAGCUCAAGAAGGAAUCGCCUCCUCAUGCGUCUUCCAGCAAGCGACCCGCUAAGGAGGAAUCACCGCGCCAUCAGCCACUGGCCGAGGUCGAGGACCUUGACGUUGUCCAUCAGGAGACGGGCCAGCAGCAGCAGCCAGAAGACACGCCAGUUGCCGACGAUUUAACUGCAACAACAGGUGACGACGACGACGACGACGACGACGGUGGCGGUUGGGAAUCGAUGGAGAAAAACGAUCGUCUGCCGGCUACAACAACAACUGGGAAAAGUGUUGUUGUUGCGGUAGCAGGAGCCGACGAGAGUCCGGCGGACGUAAUGACAGGCGGGCCGACGCCCCGUCGGCCGGUGCAAUUGCCGCGACUGGGCGAGCGCAAUCGCAUCAUCGUCCAGUCUUCGUCCAGCACUUCGUCGUCGACUUCGCAAUCUUCUCCCACGGUGGGCGAUCACCCGAACAACAACGCGGCGGGGUCAGUCCUCUCGUCGACGUCGUCGUCCUCGACUUCCUCGUCGACGUUGCCCAAGAACAAGAAACCCACCGGCAAAUGGCACAUCUCUUCCGGCGGACCCAAAUCGCUGGUUCAAAUCACCGCCGUCCAGGUAAAACAAGCGCCGACCACCGUUACCACCGCCGCAACGACGACGACAUUCAAAUCAGCCGAGAGGCGAUGGCAAAGUUUGAUCGUCUUGCCGGACUUGACGACGGACAGCCCGGCCGAGACUCACCGCCACGGAGGAUAUCCGUCGGUGAGCGGCUCCAUUUACCGGGAGUCGACGCUGGAGCAGCAGCAGCAGCACAAGAAGAGGAAUAAAUCGACGAGCGGAUUAAUGGCGGCCGGCCAAGGAGCCGGAGGAUACCAGUCUGGAUCGACGAGUUUCCUGGAAAUGGAUCGCGACUACGCCACCGUCAGCUGGGAGGAUUUGAGCGAUUCCCACAUGUACCAUCACUUGCAUCCCAUCAAGGGCUCCCAGUCGCACACGUCGCUGGCCCUGGGCCACCAGCAGCAGCAGCAGCGAUUAACGUCUUGUCCUUCGUACGAGUCGCUGGAUGAUUAUCUGAUCACGUCGGACGACGAGUCGCGUCGCCAUUACAACAACAAGACGUCGCAUUCGCUGAGUCAGUCGCAAUCGCAGUUGGUUUAUUGCGAUAGUUUCGAGAGUUUGCCAAGGCCGCCACCACCGGCCGACGCCGACUACAGUCCGCCCGAUAUUUCGCCCGACGACUCGUCAGAGACGCACCGCGGAGACCGGGAGAACAACAACAACAACAACAACCGCCGGGUGGGCGCCGGCAAGAACCGCGUCCGCGUCAAGUUGCAGCGUCUGCCGACGUUCAUCCAGCGCCAGGAGGCCUGGCAGCGCAAACCCUGGAACCAAAAAGCCCAGCAGCAGCAGCAGCAGCUGCAACUCAAGGUCUUUUCUUCAUCCGGAAUGAUUCCGGAAGCCGAGUCGCCGGAACAGAAACAGGGCGGCGGGCCAAAUUGGCGACGCUCUCACGCUCUCAGCGUCGAUCAAGAAGAGGAAGAAGUGGAUGAAGAAGAAGAAGAAGAAGAAGAUGAUGAAGAUGACCUUUCUCGCGGUCCCGGCCUGAUCCAUCAUCGUGCGGCUGCUGGAGUGUCAGCCCGGGGAGGAGGAGGUAUCAAGAGGUCGAUCCCAGCAGCCGGCAACAACAGCAACAACAACAAUCCGGAUCCCGUCUACUGGCACGACUGGCUGCCGCCGCCAGCGGCUCUGCUCGACUGCGGCUGUGGCCUUUGCCGCAUCACGGCCAGCAUGAACGGAUCGGGCACCUACCAGCUGAGGGCCCCCAUGCCGUCGUCCUUGUUCGCGGCCCCGCAGCCGCCGUCCAGACCACCGCCACCGCACGUCUUUCCUCCGCUUCAAUUGCACCGCCAGAAGCAACAACAACAACUGCAGCAGCAGCAGCAGCAACAACAACAACAACUUCAUCACAAGUACCAGCUGCAGCAUCAAGCGUUCCAGAAGCAAUUGCGACAGUUGCCGGGCAUCUUCGGACACAUAGGCAGCAGCAAUCAUCACAAGAGUCACCAGAAUAAUAAUUCAAGCGUCCGGCGUGAUGCGUCGUUCAACCAACAACCCACCGCCAAACCACCACCACCUCGCAAGAGGUUGCCGCCUGUGGUUGGAGGAGGGCAGAUGGGCAAAAGCAGCGGACUCUCGCCCGGCCUGGACGGAUGCAAACUGGGCAGCACGACAACAACGGAGAGCAGCAGCAGCAGCGGCGGCGGCACGGCCAGCACCGGUGAUCAUCAUCAGCUGACGGGAGGCAAUCGACCUCUGCUUCAAUUGCCUCUGGGCAGCUGCAGUACCACCAGCACGAGCUCCAGUAGUUCCGGCACCGGAACUGGCAAACGCCAGGGCCCGGGAGUGGCCAGCACGGCUGAUCCCAAUAAACGCACCUGUCUCACCCCUGCAGAGGCUCUGCGUCUGUACGGCUCCCGUUUGACGGCUUACGAGCGGCUGGAGAUGGAGCACUACCCGGAAAUUUGGUUCCUGGGAUUGGACGCACGCAAGAUUCACGGCGAGGAAGGAGCUCCGCAAAACGGCGGCUACGACGACGAGAACGGCAGCUAUCAUAAAGUGAUGCACGAUCACGUAGCUUUCCGCUACGAGAUCCUUGAAGUCAUUGGCAAGGGUAGCUUCGGCCAAGUGAUCCGUGCCUUAGACCACAAAACAGGACAACAGGUGGCCAUCAAAAUCAUCCGGAAUAAGAAACGAUUCCAUCACCAAGCUCUGGUGGAGAUCCGCAUCCUGGACCACUUGCGGCGGCGGGACAAGGACGGCCUGCACAACGUCAUCCACAUGUUGGACUACUUUUACUUCCGCAGCCAUCUCUGCAUCAGUUUCGAGUUGCUCAGCCUCAAUCUCUACGAGUUGAUCAAGAAGAACAACUACCAGGGCUUCAGCCUCAACUUGAUCCGCCGAUUUGCCUACUCGCUGAUCCAGUGCCUGAGGCUCCUCCGCCGGGAGAACAUUAUUCACUGCGACCUCAAACCGGAGAACGUGCUAUUGAAACAUCGCGGUUCGAGUUCCAUCAAGGUGAUCGACUUUGGAAGCUCGUGCUACACUCACCAGCGCAUUUACACGUACAUCCAAUCGCGUUUCUACCGCUCGCCUGAAGUCAUACUCGGCCUGCCUUACGGUCCACCCAUCGACAUGUGGAGUUUCGGCUGCAUCCUGGCCGAGCUGUACACGGGAUACCCCAUCUUUCCCGGAGAGAACGAGAUUGAGCAACUCGCCUGCAUCAUGGAGGUCCUGGAUGUUCCACCAGACAACGUCGUCGGACACGCUUCCAGGAAACGACUUUUCUUCGAUUCAAAGGGCAAUCCGCGGUGCAUCACCAAUAGCAAGGGCCGCAAAAGGCGACCCGGUUCCAAAGACCUGACGUCUAUCCUCAAAAAUUGCGACCCCAUUUUCGUUAAUUUCGUUUCCCGCUGUCUAGAGUGGGAUCCCAACCGGAGGAUGACGCCAGACGAAGCGCACCGUCACGAGUGGUUCGCCGGAGCUGCCACCUCUGCGACGACGUCGUCAUCAGGAGGAGCGCCGACGACGUCGUCUUCCAGCGGAACCGGCGGUGCGGAAGAUGCGGGAGCCGGGGCUGCCGCCGGCCAGCAGAGUAAGUGUUCGGAAGACUCUGAGGGAGUUUUCUCGGCCUCGUCGACGGGCUCGACGAGCAGCGGCCAACCGCCGACGCAACAACAGAACGGGGCCUCUGCCGACCGAUCGAUUAUGUACCAAAUUUUCAAGAGCAAGAAGAACAGCGCCCAAUCACAGCCAGCGGAUCAAGCGGACGAAGCUAGUCAACAACGGGAUGGUGAGCAGCAGCAGCUGUUGCAGCAGCAGCCAGCGGCGACGGGAGGAUCGGGAGCCACCCGCAACUCGAAACGCAUCGAUGGCAAUUCAAAUCUCGACGAUUCGGGCACUUAUCUCCCAUCCAUCCUAUAAAAAGAAAGAAACAAACAAACUCGUCAAAAAAUAUCACGGAUCGGACCGACUCUCUUAUUUGUUUUUGGCUUUGGUUAUUCUCCCCCCACACCCCCGUCAUCACGUUCGUCUCGUCUUCUUCUAGCACCGCAAGAUCCUGUUAAAAGCUAAAAGAGAGAGAGUCGGAGAGAGAGAGAUGAGGUUAUAAAAACAGGAUUGUGCGUUUGAUAUCGUGAAUGACCACUUCUUUGAAGAAACCUGUUCACCGUAUACAACAGGAAAUAUCUCUCACUCUCUCUCUCCUCCUCCUCCUCCUCCUCCAUCACGUCUCUCUCGUGAAAUUGGUUGCGCACGACGGAUGAGCUGUCGUGUCGCGCCAAUAUUCAUAUCUUUCUCUCUCCACUGCUCGAUUUUCAUCUCGCGCUGCUUGUUCCCCCCCCCGAAAAUGGGCGCAAAUAAGUGUGUGUGUGUGUGUGUGAUGAGCCAUCCACGUCAUUUGGCCCGUCACCUACUUCCGUGAUGAGAGGAAUUGCGUGUUUGAGUUUUAAAAAAGCAAACAAAAAAGAAAUCUAUUCAAAAUGGCUAAAGAAAAGAAAACAACAUUUUUAUUGACUUGGCCUAUUUGUAAUGUCUUAUAUAUAUAUAUAAAUGAAUUCCUCGUUGGAGAAAAUGCACAGCCCCGGCAGAAUAUCCCCCUUUGAAUUCCCCCGCCGAAUGAGAAAAGAAAAAGUGUUUGAUCCCGCCAGACUUUUGAUGUUGUUAUUGAGGAUCGAAACAACAAGCGGCGCAUUCCAAUCUGAGAGAGAGAGAGAGAGCCUCCCCUUUUGGCGACAUUCGUUGUUGUGUACAUCUUUGAUCUAGAAACAGUUGAUAUAUAAGACAUCCCGCAUCUUUCCUUAUGUGAAUGUGUUAGCCUUAUUGUGGAAAAAAAAUUGGGCAAACAAACAAAAAGAAAAAUAACAAAAAAAAAAAUCGUGACGUGUUUGUGUAUGUAAUACCGGCGCUGGUCGACCGUCGGCCAGAAUCUUCUUCUACCUUCUUC